AUGAAUCCUCACGCACCACACCAGUAAACACACACGUCCUGGCUGAUGGCCAAUUAUAGAAGAGAAGACUCCAUCUUCGAUUCAUUCACUUUGAGCCCGUUGCUAUACCCAGUUCUGCUGAUCCUGGCUGUUACAUCAAUAUUUCUGGGAAUAUCAUGGUAUGUCAACUAUGAAUCAGUUCUGGAAACCGCUAAAGAGCAACUGAGUUGGGUGCUUUUCGCCACGCCGGUUCUGCUCAUACUCUUGGCUCGUUGGUUCUCCUCUAUCGAUACUCCUGAUAUGUUUUUAUUCGGUUCAUCACCAUGGGAACGCCGCCGCCGAACCCACCAUCUCCCGACAGAGGGUAGCUCGCCGUGGGCGGUGGCUGCUUUCAUUGUGCUGCUGCUGAUUUUGGUGUACUAUCAGUCUGUUUUCCGAGAGAGCUGGCUGCUAUGAAUAGAUCCAAAGAAAGAAACUAGUAGUGAAUUUUCUUUUUGUUUUGUUUUUAGGUGUUUGAUGAGACCAUAUAUGAUAUGGUUUUGUCUUGUAAAUGAUACUGCAAAACUAAGAGAUGUUUAA